UCAGCAGUUAUUUCAAGGAAAUCUGCAUGUGAUAAUUAAUUGGAAAUAAAGUGUAAAUUUCAUGAUUAUAAAACAUUUAAAUUUGAUUACCGACAAAGAUCUAUAGCAAUGAUUGAUUCGCAGUAUUGCGAGUACUAUCCCGAGUAUGACAAGUGCAAGCAGUGGCUGGAGAGAAAUCUUCCGACUGAAUUUGAGAAAAUUAAAUUAGCUACUGAAGAUGGUACUACCGAAGCUAGUGGAGCAGAGGAUGAGAAGAAACGACAGAAGCGAGGUGGUAAAGGUAUGCUAAAGGCAAAGAAGAAAGAGGACGUACCACGGUUGGUCACAGUUUCCAGAGCACCCAGGGGAAAGAAGAAAUCUGUCACGGUUGUGACUGGUCUUAGUACUUUUGAUAUAGAUCUAAAGGUAGCAGCAAAAUUUUUUGGUAGCAAGUUCGCCUGCGGUUCUAGUGUCACUGGGGAUGAUGAAAUUGUCAUACAGGGAGAUGUCAAAGACGACUUAUUCGAAGUGAUACCAGAAAAGUGGCCACAAAUUGAUGAAGACUCCAUAGACGAUCUUGGGGAUCAGAAGAGAUAAUAUGGCUACUACUAAAAACGCACACCAUUGUAUUUAAUGCUAUACUAUUUCCAAUUCAUGUUUAUUAUAAAUAAAAUGUACAUACAAAUAUAUAUUUAAAUGAGCUA